ACAUUUUCUGGAGUAACAACUGACAUAUUAACCGGUGCAUCUUCCGAAAUGCAAAAACCUUUUGUGCGUACUGUUUCAUUAGUUGACUUUUCAACAAUUGCCAUUACAUACGUCACUGGAAUAGUUACGAUUCUUCUAAAAAAAGAAAAAUUUCUAAAAAUUGUACAUCAUUUUACACAGAUUGAUGAAAUUUUAGGCAUGAAAAACGCAUUAAAAGCAUGACGUUACGCCAUAAAAUCGAUUAUUUUUAUAUACAGUGCGGCCGGAUGUGUUGCACUUUGUCAUAAUUACAUGACUGUAAUUGCAAUACCAGAUUUAAGCGGAGGUCCAUCUCCAGCGCCGUAUUUCGUACCAUAUUUAAGUUCAUAUUUUAUUUUGGUUACAAUCGUCGGAUUGCAUUGGAUAUUAUUAGACGGAGUGACAAGAAGAUUGGCAACAUUACAAUUGCGACUGUCAACGCAAAAUAUAAUAUUUAUUGCUAGUCCUACCAAAGAUAACAGUACAUUUGACACUUACAUUCAAGGUUAUUCCUCGGAGAAACAAUUUUAUAGUCCAAAUCAAAGUCAGAGUUUAAAUAACAGGAAACUGCAAACCGUAGGAAGUAAAUUUAUUAUAAAUGAUGUGUUUAAAAAUGAUGAAAGAUGCUCAAAGUCAAAGAAUGCACUUUUGACUCCUGAUUAUGUGUCAGCGUUGAUUAGCGUGUAUGAUCAUUUAUUUGCGGUGAUGAUUUUGUUUAAUGAUACGUUUGGUUGGACUAUUGCUUUUUUGGUACUAAAUGCUACAAUGAAUAUUCUGGUAUCAGCGUAUUAUUUAGUUUUGGAGAUAUCAAAUGAUCCGCUUGUAAUUUGGGCGAUGGAAAUAGUUUGGUGUAUAUUUCAUACUGGAAGACUGAUUAUGAUGGUGGAGGCGACAGAUUCCAUUAAUAAACAAUUAAGUGAACUUAGACCACAAGUACUUAAAUUAUUGAUGUUAAAUGUUGAUAAAUCAACUCGUAAACAAGUAAGUUUAUAUAAAUGA